AUCACACUAUCAAUCUUCAGCAGCUGGAAGAGGAGGCUGUAGCACCCGCGUGGAUGCGCUUCGCCUCCUGCGCCGCUUCUCCGUGCGCGCUCACGAGGAGCGGGCAGAAAGGCUUCAAGGAGCUCGGAGAGGAGGCAGACCGAGCGGCUGCUGGGGACAGAGGAAGAUGGAGGUGAGGGUCGGGGAGAGACUCCUGUGGCUGGCCGUCCUGUCCAGCGUCCUCUGCGUGGACUCGGUCCUCGGGAAAUACGUGAAAGGCAUCGUGAACACCAAAGAGGACUGGGUUUUCCUCACGCGCUUCUGCUUUCUCACAGAGUUUGGGCGACUGGAUUUUCGAUUCCGUUAUCCAAAGUCUCGCUGCUGUCAGAACAUAUUGCUCUACUUUGAUGACAGCUCUCAGUGGCCGGCUGUGUACAAGAAGACUGAAAAGAACUGUUACCAGAAGGAAGCAGUGCUGAGGCCUGAAAACAACCAGGUCAUCAAUCUCACCACUCGCUACACCUGGUCAGGAUGUGUGGUGGAGGAUGAUGGCAGUGAGGAGGUUCUGAGCUGCGUGGGUGGUCGCAGUUUUCGCUCGGUGAGGGAGAGGUGGUGGUACAUCGCUCUCAGCAAGUGUGGGGGUGAUGGUUUGCAGCUGGAGUAYGAGAUGAAACUGACCAAUGGUCAGUCUUUCUGGACACAGCAUUUCUCUGCAGAUGAGUUUGGAAUCCUGGAGACAGACAUCACRUUCCUGGUUAUCUUCUUUUUGGUGUUCCUCCUCUCCUGCUACUUUGCCUACAACCUGAAGGGAAGACAGCUUCUUCACACAACCUACAAAAUGUUUAUGACGGCAGCAGGUGUGGAGGUGUUCAGCCUGUUGUUCCAUUGUGCCUACUGGGGCCUGUAUGCCAGAGAUGGAGUUGGCAAUUUCAGUCUAAAGAUUCUUGGGAAAUUACUGUUCUCCAUCAGCUUCUUGGUGUUCCUUCUGAUGCUCAUUUUAUUGGGCAAAGGUUUCACUGUCACCAGGGCGAGGAUCAGCCACAGUGGGUCUGUUAAAUUAAGCAUCUACAUGACAGUCUACACAAUUACCUACGUCAUUCUCUUCAUCUACGAGGCUGAGUUUUUUGACCCAGGURAAGUGCUUUAUGUCUACGAGAGCCCCGCUGGCUACGGCCUGAUGGCCCUGCAGCUGGUCGCCUACGUGUGGUUCUGCUACGCCGUACUGAUCUCCCUGAAACACUACCCUGAGAAGCAGCCCUUCUACAUCCCUUUCUUUACCACGUACACUUUAUGGUUUUUCGCAGUGCCCGUCAUGGCUCUGAUUGCCAACUUUGCAAUUCCUCGUUGGGCUCGAGAGAAGAUCGUCAACGGCAUUCAGCUCGGCAUCCACCUUUAUGCUCACAUCGUCUUCCUUGUCAUUACAAGACCGUCAGCAGCCAACAAAAAUUUCCCAUAUCAUGUUCGGACAUCUCAGAUUGGGAUUCUUUUGUCCAGUCCAAAAGGAGGUGAAGGGGGUGAAAGGUUYCCCCAUCAUGCUUAUGGAAACAGCUCCUUCCUUGGAGACUCUCAACCCAACUUCACUGAACUCUUCUCCAUACAGUCAGAUCCGGUGAAGACAGUUGAGGAGACGGUGGCUCGCAAAGGUCAAGAAGUACCGAGGAACAGCGAGCAGAAGAUCAUUACCACCGCAGCGGAUUUGACCUUGAUAUUGCCCCCACCUCCGCCUCCGAUACCCCCACGCCCAGCCUCGCGCACACCCCCAAUGCCGCCUCGGCUCCCUUCUUUCACGGAGUAUUUCAGCAUGCAGAGUGGCGGUGGAGCAGGUUUUGGAACGAAGGCGUGAGAUGGACAGAAAGGCAAAAAGGUGGAAGAACGGUAAAAGACAUGAGAGCAGCAGAGAGAAUGUCAGUAGAAAGUGAGAACAUGGGCAGUCGGUACAAAUCCAACUAUCAAAAAGGUCAUCCAUAAAAGAAAAAUUGGAGCGACAGAAAAGAAAAGUAAGGAAAUAAAACCCUAAAUGUUCCCCCUUUAUUUUUUCUUUUUUUUUUUUUUUACUUGUGAAUGGAAAUGACUAAAAUGGAGAGAUAAGGGGACAUAGCUGAGAUACAUGYGCUGAGCUUUCAAAAGAAUAAAGAAGCAAUAAAUAUUUGAUGUUGACCAGUUGAGGGUGCACAGUGAGAAAGAUGACAAGGUGGAUGUAGCCAGAGCAAUAGAACAGCUGUGCACAAUGUGGAAAUGAACAAAAUUCUUGAAAUCUUUUCAUUCAAAAAUUCAUGAGGCUCCAACUUUGGUGUGCCUGCAAGAUUUUGUAAAUAGCUAAAACUGUUGGGAGCGUCGAUUCUAUAGUUUUUAUUUCAAAAAAGGAAAUAAGAUUUGUUUUGUUUUUGUUUACUCGCAUCAUUACAUUCUAGUUGGUGCUGUGAGCACAGCAAAAAUGUCACGCCAUUGUGUAUAUAGCUCAUCGAUGAACAUUUUUUUAAAUGUUUGACACAUUUUGAUAAAGUUUAGAUAUAUUUAUGGUAUAUGGAGUUUGUUGGGUUAAUUUCUAUACUUGCUGUAUAUGCCUUCAUUGCAGCUGGUUAUUUUGGAUUAAUGUGCUGGUGUGAAACUGUAAAACUGUCACAUUUACUGUGGGUGCCUACUAGUACAGUACCCGUAAAACAUGCAUGUUUGUAUUGUAUUGUACUUCCUGUCCAAAAACAGAUGUGUGUACUCCAUGUGACCAACAAAUAUUUGCUUAUUGUGUGUAUUGUAACUUCAAAUGUGUAAAUACAUACAGUAGGCUUCAGUAUAUAUAUUUUUGAUGGCAGAAUUCCUUUUAGUUGUUCCAAUCAAAKCUGUCUCGUGCUGUUUGAAACCCAAUAAAAAGCAGGUGUUAUAAACUGCGUUGAUUUUAGGUAAAUUUUCACUAAAGUGCAGGAUAUACCUGUUGAAACCUGUCGUCUGUGUAUGUGGACGUUGGUGAAUGUAUCGAUUCAAGACAGCACAAAGGCAGGGCUGAUUCUGAAGUUACUCUGAUACCAUUAACUAUUUUAGCUUUCUGUUGCUUCCAUUCACAGCAYAUUGAUGAUCUAGGACCAGGCUUUUCACCAAAAGUAACUUCAUCCUCACCCCUGUCUUGUACCUGAAACCUGAUUGUUUUAUUUGUUGGCUUUUUACACGUCAGUGUUGUACAGUGCAGAAAGCUGAACAAAUACCCUCAGUUUUGUAUUGCGCUAAGAGAUAAAAAUGUUAAAGUCUUGCAGCUGAACUGUGAAAAACAGCGACACAACUGUACAUUUUGUCUGUCCUGCAUGGAGCACUUUAAUGUUCCUGGUCUGUUUUAUUUGUGAUGUCAGCCUUUUGAGACUGCUUUAUUUCCACUUCUCUGAGAGCUAUUCCAGAUGUAAAUACAAACAGAAGACAUCGCCAGUUUUCUAGAUGCUAUAUAGGGGAACAAUUAAUGCUUYGUUCAAAUUGUUAAAAUUUUCGGAACGUACACUGAUAAUCCCAGUGGUUUUACCUUGACUUAGGAGAAUAGCCCACAGAUUUGUCAGUGGAAGUCUUGCUGUCAUGCAGUACCGAUUUUAAGACUGUGGUGUGUAACGUGUUGGAGUGUAGUCUGAGGUGUAAAUUAGUCUGUGGAACGGAACCAUACUUGAGUUUAGAGUACUAAUCGUUAUUUCUGAUUACGUCUGGUUUGUGUUUGGCAUGUCUGCCGUUUCAACUGUUGCCACGACUCGACAGGCUUUAUUGAUAAAGUAUCACUGCUUCAGCCUUGUGUAUACUGAUGUUUAACUACAAGAAAGAMACAAAGUCUCUAGGAGAGAACUCGAAGAAAUUAGAUUAUGUAUGCAUGACAGAAAAGAGCACAGCUUUUAGGAGACUCAGAGCGAUCUGAUUAAGAGCACAUCACUAAAGCACCGUUUAAAUGCAUUUUAAUGGUGUCAAAUAAUAAAUCUAAAUACGCUGUACAUAUACUCUUUUUGCCAAAAUGAAUAAUAAAAUAUGGUUUUAUUAAA